AUGCGUGAUUUUUGGAAAAUAGUGAAACCAGUCGGUCGUUACAUGGGAUUGGAAUUUAAGUAUGGCGAUGAUCAGCGCCGAGUAAUCAAUGCACCAGAACGGGAAGCCAUUUUUUAUGGGUUGGAUCUUUGGCAGUACCCGUGCAAAAUAACUGGAAAUCCAAUUAUUUUGGCUCAGUUCAACUUCGCUGAGCCACCAUGGGAGGAAACUAUUGAGGAAAUCACGCCAGAAAUGUUGGUUUUUUUUUUUGCACUUGUGCUGCUUGGAUGCUAA